AUGUAUAUUGUGGGGGGGGGGGGGGGCGGGAGGGGUGGGCGUGGUGGGGGGUGUGCGGGGGGGGGGUGGGGUGGGGUAGAUUUAUUAGGGGAUCUUUUUAAUCGUGGGGGGGGUUCUUUAGGAGGGGGGGUAGGAAUUUUGAGUGAGUUGGGGGGAGGGGGGUAUUCUAUAUCUUGGAAAGAAAAGGUAGGUUGUGGUGAGCGGGUGUAUUUGGGGGGGGGGGGGGGGGGGGGGGGGGGGGGGGGGGGGGGGGGGGGGGGGGGGGGGGGGGGGGGGGGGGGGUGGGGGGGGGGGGGGGGGGGGGGGGGGGGGGGGGGGGGGGGGGGGGGGGGGGGGGGGGGGGGGGGGGGGGGGGGGGGGGGGGGGGGGGGGGGGGGGGGGGGGGGGGGGGGGGGGGGGGGGGGGGGGGGGGGGGGGGGGGGGGGGGGGGGGGGGGGGGGGGGGGGGGGGGGGGGGGGGGGGGGGGGGGGGGGGGGGGGGGGGGGGGGGUGGGGGGGGGGGGGGGGGGGGGGGGGGGGGGGGGGGGGGGGGGGGGGGGGGGGGGGGGGGGGGGGGGGGGGGUGGGGGGGGGGGGGGGGGGGGGGGGGGGGGGGGGGGGGGGGGGGGGGGGGGGGGGGGGGGGGGGUGGUGGUGGUGGUGGUGGGGGGGGUGGUGGUGGUGGUGGUGGUUAGGGGGGCAGAGGUGACGGAGAUCAUUAAGUUGUUGGCAGCUGCCGAUUUAUUUCCGCUCUCGGGAUGGUCUGCAUUGUUGGUUGAUAAAUUGCACCAUCGUUUGCAACGUCGUGAACCCAUCUCGUACUGCAUAGCGUCCGAGAUCGCGGUAACCUGA